CUCGCGCGAGAGUUGGCCACGUCUACCUUUGGGACCGGGCGCGACUCAGAAAGUCAGUGGUUUUUGGAGUUUUCUUGAAUAUUUGAGACAUUGACAGGAAGAGAAGUGAAGAUGACAACUGCAGCAGAGCAGCCAUGUUACACCCUCAUCAACAUCCCUUCUGAUGCUGAACCUCCCACAGAACUGCAACUCAAGACUGAUCUGGAAAAGGGGGAUGUCCGCACCAAGACAGAAGCCCUGAAGAAGGUCAUCCACAUGAUCCUCAAUGGAGAGAAGAUGCCUUCUCUACUCAUGACUAUUAUCAGAUUUGUGAUGCCUCUCCAAGACCACACCAUUAAGAAACUCCUGCUGAUUUUCUGGGAGAUCGUGCCCAAGUGUGGACCAGAUGGCAAGAUGCUGCACGAGUUUAUCCUUGUCUGCGAUGCUUACAGAAAGGACCUUCAACAUCCCAACGAGUUCAUCCGGGGUUCCACGCUGCGGUUCCUGUGUAAGCUGAAGGAGCCGGAGCUACUGGAGCCCCUCAUGCCGUCCAUCCGCACCUGUCUGGAACAUCGCCACUCCUACGUGCGCAGGAACGCUGUGCUCGCCAUCUUCACCAUCUACAAGAACUUUGACUCCCUGAUUCCUGAUGGCCCAGAGCUGAUCCACAACUUCCUGGAACAGGAACAGGACGCCUCCUGCAAGAGGAACGCCUUCAUGAUGCUCAUCCACGCUGAUCAGGAACGAGCACUGGACUACCUGAGCACCUGUAUCGACCAGCUGCAUACCUUUGGUGACAUUCUACAGCUGGUUAUUGUGGAGCUGGUGUACAAGGUGUGCCACGCUAACCCGAGUGAGCGCGCUCGCUUCAUCCGCUGUAUCUACAACCUGCUGAACUCGUCCAGCCCGGCCGUGCGCUACGAGGCGGCGGGAACACUGGUCACUCUGUCCAGUGCACCCACUGCUAUCAAGGCUGCAGCAAGCUGCUACAUCGAGCUUAUUGUGAAGGAGAGCGACAACAACGUGAAACUCAUCGUUCUGGACAGACUUAUCGCGCUGAAGGACAACCCGCAGCACGAGAGGGUACUGCAGGAUCUUGUGAUGGACAUCUUACGUGUGCUGUCCACACCAGACUUGGAGGUCCGGAAGAAGACACUUAACUUGGCUCUUGACCUGGUGUCUUCAAGGAAUGUUGAAGAGUUGGUACUUGUGCUGAAGAAGGAAGUGAUUAAGACUAAUGACAUUACUGAACAUGAGGACACAGACAAGUACCGUCAGCUACUGGUUCGAACCCUGCACUCCUGUAGUAUCAAGUUUCCUGACAUGGCCGGGACUGUCAUACCUGUGCUGAUGGAGUUCCUCAGUGACCAGAAUGAGCUGGCUGCGGCUGACGUGUUGGUGUUUGUACGCGAAGCCAUCCAGCGCUUCGACCAGCUGAAACACGUCAUCCUGGAGAAACUGUUGGAGGUUUUUCCUUCCAUCAAGUCUGUCAAGAUCCACCGGGCGGCACUGUGGAUUCUGGGCGAGUACUGUACAACAGCGGAGGACAUCCAGGCACUCAUGCACGAGAUCCGCCAUUCGCUGGGAGAUAUCCCGAUCGUUGAGUCAGAGAUGAAGAAGGCAGCAGGAGAGAUAAAGGAUGAGGAUGAGUUCACCCCUACUCAGCAGAAACUCCUGACGGCUGAGGGAACCUACGCCACACAGAGCGCGCUCACUGCAACUGUCAAGAAGUCCAGCGAGGAAAAGAGGCCUCCACUGCGAGGUUUCCUGAUGGACGGUGACUUCUUUGUGGGAGCGUCUCUGGCCACCACGCUGACCAAACUGGCCAUCCGGUAUGGAGAACUGGUACACAACACCAAGAAACACAACUCCUUCAAUGCAGAGUGUAUGCUGAUCAUGGCAACCAUUAUCCAUUUGGGAAAGUCUGGACUAGCAACCAAGCCAAUCACAGAUGACGACCUGGACAGAAUCGCCCUGUGCCUGAAGGUCUUGUCGGACCGUACUCCCGCGGUGAACGACAUCUUCAGUCGGGAGUGUCGCCAUUCCCUCUCCACCAUGCUGGCUGCUCUACAUGAGGAGGAGAAGGAAAAUCAAAAGACUGUGAUAGAGAAGAAGACAGUGAGUGUUCAGCCUGAUGACCCAAUCAGCUUCAUGCAGCUGGUCAACAAGACAGAACAUGGCACCACUGAGGACUUGUUUGAGUUAAGCCUGCUCCAAGCAGUCGGGACUCCACAAAAGAAGGAUGCUGCCGACCCACAGGCCUCAAAACUACAGAAGGUGAACCAGCUGACAGGGUUCUCUGACCCGGUGUAUGCGGAGGCGUAUGUCCAUGUGAACCAGUAUGACAUCGUGUUGGACGUUCUGAUAGUCAACCAGACCAGUGACACCUUACAGAGCGUCACUCUGGAACUGGCUACUCUAGGUGACCUGAAGCUGGUAGAGAAGCCCUCUCCCAUCAUCCUGGCUCCUCAUGACUUCGCUAACAUCAAGGCUAACGUCAAGGUGGCCUCCACUGAGAACGGCAUCAUAUUUGGCAACAUCGUGUAUGACGUGAGUGGAGCGGCGAGCGACCGUAACUGUGUGGUGCUGAACGACAUCCACAUCGACAUCAUGGACUACAUCGUGCCGGCACAGUGUUCUGACAACGAGUUCAGACAGAUGUGGGCAGAGUUCGAGUGGGAAAACAAGGUGACAGUGAACACAUCCAUAACCGACCUGGGAACCUACAUGGGACAUCUGCUGAAGUCUACUAACAUGAAGAGUCUCACACCGGAGAAGGCACUGUCUGGAGAAUGUGGCUUCAUGGCAGCCAACCUGUACGCCCGUUCCAUCUUUGGUGAGGACGUGCUGGCUAACCUGAGUAUUGAGAAGAUGAUACACCUUGGCGAGGACGCCCCGGUACAGGGACACAUUCGUAUCAGGGCCAAGAGUCAGGGGAUGGCCUUGAGCAUGGGAGACAAAGUGAACAUGUGUCAGAAGAACCCACCAAAGUGAACAGACUAAUAUAGGAUGAAAUCACUUAUUAUAAAAGUAUUGUAACUGUUGCUUAAACCUAAAAUCGCCCUACUAGGUAAUUUCGCUUCAGAGCUACAUUUGUAUAUUGUAUGCCAGACUGUACGACAAAAUAAUUAGUCCACGCUUUUUAGUGUUCAACUGAAGUGUAGUUGUUCACUGCUAAAAUGUACAUUUCAUGACUGAUUAAAUACAAAAUAAGGUGGAUAGGGUGGUGACUGAGAAACUUUAAUUAUCCCUUUUAAUACACAAUUAUCACAAUAGUCUAAAGUGGCGCCAUAAGGCCACACAGAUGUGAUUGUAUGGAUGGCAUCCACAUGCCCGUCAAUUUUCAUCCGAAACUGUCAGUUUGUGACCAUGGUGUCCUACAAAGAAGCUGCAAAAUGAGGAAAUACUUGCUAUAUAUUGCAAAAAAAUAAUCAGAAAGUGGACAGUCAUGUGGUAGAAAGCCUUUUUUGCCAUAUUUUUUUUUUUUGCCAUUUGUAUCAGGGUUGACACAUGCAUUUUGUAAAGUCAUUUUGCAUGGCCUUUGCAAAGUCUUUCAAACUCAAAAAUUAUGUAUAAAAAAAUAUGCAAUGUAUUAUUUGGUAUACCAUGUUCUGUUUGUUCAGUCAUUUCUUCAACUUUCCUGAAAUUUUGUAAAUGAAGGCAACCUUUUUUUGCUUGACAUUUUUUGCACACUUGCAUCAGUUUUGGGGUGUCCAAAGGAUGUCAUCCAUAUAAUCAAACCAGAACGGCCUUAGGAUAAGAAUUGAACCAUAACCUUAUAAAAUGAUAGUUCAAGGAUUGUCACAAGUGUUAUAAAGCAAACUGCAGUAUCUGUGGUAGAAGUUCAAGUAACAAGUUCUUUAGUUUCUGCACACUAGUGUGGGAAAUGCUAAUUCAUGUGAUGAAGUAAUUUGAUGCAGGUUUCUAGGGCAAUGUAACUUUGAGUAACUUGCUCCAAACCAGACAAAGAAAAUAAAGUUUCCUUC